AUGCCAUUGUCCAAACAAAGAAGAAAACUUAUUCAGGAUUUUUUGAAAGACAAGCAAAUAGAAGCAGAUUUAUGGUGCUGUUGUGAUGUCUCAUUCAACAGUAUAGUGGAAAUCGGAAAACAUGUCAACAACCAUCACCAGGCUGAUCUAGACCAACGAGAACAAACACAACUCGAGCAAUUAGAAAAGCAUCUUCAAGAAAAGACAAAAUUAGCCAAACUAAAGCAAAGAAGAGGAGAAAAGGGUACCUCGGAUCCAAUCACUGCUGAUUGUAGUUGUGAUCUGCAAGACUAUCAAGUCAUUCUUUUUUACAGGUAUACAAAGGUCGAUGACCCCGUUCAGUUUGCACUUGACCAUCAACAAUAUUGUGCCAAAAUGACCGGAAAAGUCCGUAUUGCUCAAGAAGGCAUCAAUACUACUUUGGCAGGAACAAAUGAGGACAUUGAAACCUAUCUCGAUUGGUUGACAAGAUCAACACAGCCAUUUGAAGAGCUAAAAGAACUUCAGUAUGAUUCACAGGCUAGACACAAGUUUUUUAAACCCUCCAAGGGCUGCAUCCAUGUCUUUAAAGAACUCUCUAUUAAGCUUGUAGAUGAAAUCUGUCCUUUGGGCCAAUCCUCUGUAAUAGUAGACACGCUCAAGACCCAAGACCAUCAACAUGGUAAACUUGGGCCUAUUGAAUUCCAUCAACAAUUGUUGUCUGACAAUGAUUAUAUCCUGCUUGAUACUCGAAACUAUUAUGAAUCUCAUAUUGGUCAUUUUAAGAAUGCUAUAAAACCCCCUAUCCGUAAAUUCUCUCAAUUGCCAGAAUACGUUGAACGCAACAAGCAUAUCUUUCAAGGUAAAAAAAAGAUCCUGACAUACUGUACAGGUGGUAUUCGAUGCGAAAAAGCAACAGCUUAUAUGCGACAAGCAUUGCCAGAACAAGACAUCUUUAUGUUGGAUGGAGGUAUUCAUAACUAUUUAGAGUGGCAUCAACAAUCAAACCAACAACAGCAUGUCUGGUUGGGCAAGAACUAUGUGUUUGAUGCAAGACAGUCACUAGGUUCAGGUACAAUUGUCAGUCAAUGUCAAGACUGUCAGGAACCUUGGGAUCAAUAUAAAAAAUGCACUUCUCCUGGUUGUCAUCUUUUAGUGUUGAUAUGCGAUAGUUGUCAGUCAAAAUAUCCUCAAGUUUAUUGUUGUCAAGAAUGUCAGCAAACACAAGCUGGUUUCUGUCAAUGUGAAAAAAAACGUAGAGAACGGGUUUAG